GUAGGUUCAAAAUCGCCGCCAUAAUCUAGCUAAGUUGCAUGGUGAAAAAACAACUGGCCUAUCAACAGAAGUAACGGCCUUAAAAUGGCAUCCAGCGAUAUAUCACAAGUUACAGACCAGUUAGCGAAAACCAAGGUUGAUGAAACAUUCGAAUUAAGUUUUAAAGGACGAGGAUUAAAACUUAAUACAGCAAGCGAUGCCAAAGAAAUAGCUGACGAGAUAUCAAAAUGCAAAACGAUGACAGCACUGAGAAUGGAAGGGAACACAUUGGGAGCUGAUGCAGCAGAGGUCAUUGCCAAAGCUUUAAAAAAUCACCCAGAAUUUCAGAGAGCACACUGGAGUGACAUGUUUACUGGUCGACUGAAAACAGAAAUCCCUCCUGCUUUGAAACAUUUAGGUAAGGGGAUCAUAUCAGCCGGGGCUGGACUUGUGGAGCUUGACCUCAGUGACAAUGCGUUUGGUCCGACUGGAGUGGAUGGUCUGAUUGAGCUGCUGAAAAGUCCAAGCUGUUACACGUUGAAGGAACUCAAGCUCAACAACAACGGUUUGGGCAUUGGAGGUGGAAAGAUGCUGUCACAGUGCCUGCUGGACUGUCAUAAGUCGAGCAGUGCUGCAGGCAAAUCACUGGCCCUGCGGGUGUUUAUAUCGGGACGUAACCGACUGGAGAAUGAUGGAGCUACCGCUCUGGCUGCCGCCUUUAAGGCAAUUGGAACAUUAGAGGAGAUUUCUAUGCCACAGAAUGGGAUCAACCCUCCUGGAAUACAUGCCCUGGCGGACGCCAUAGCUCACAACAAGGGGCUGAAAAGACUAAAUCUCAAUGACAAUACAUUAACAGUGGCAGGUGCCAAAAGUAUAGCAAAGGUUCUACCUCAUAUACAGAAAUUAGAAGUAUUAAAUUUCGGGGACUGUUUGGUGCGGACAGACGGAGCCAAGGUGUUAGCAAGUGCUAUCUCUAGCAGUCAUACUAGUCUCAAGGAAGUUAAUUUCUCUGGAAAUGAAAUAAACAAGGUGGGGGCCACAGCAAUAGCCGAUGCCAUGGAAAACAAGGUCAAUUUGGAGAUUUUAGAUCUGGAUUCCAAUCAGCUAGGAGAAGAUGGAGUGGAAGAAGUUAAGGGAACAAUGGAGGCCAUAAAUAAGGCAGAUGCCCUCGGAUCACUAAGCGGUGAUGAAGGUACAGAUGAUGAGGAUGAAGAAGAUGGUGAUGUCCAUGGAGAGGAGGUGGAGGUCAAGGAGGAUGAAGAAGGGGAUGCAGUCGAUGACCCCGAAUUACAAGUGAAGGGCAAGGCCAUCAGUCCUGAAAAACAGUCUGUGUCUGCAAAAGACUUCCUUGCAUUCCCUUCUCCAACGAAGUUGAUGCAAAUGGGAACUGGACGAGCAGCAGCAUUGAAGCAAGAACUAGGGAGUGAAUGUUCAGACGUGGAUAAGGCUGUUCAGACAUUUAUGAAGGUUUCAUCUGUUGUUGUGCCAGUUGACACCAAGACCAAGGAAGCAGCAUGUGAUUGUACAGAUAAACUAUUUGAGGAUUUACUGCUGGAUAGUAAGGAAGGGGGAGCCUCUUUGUUUGCCAAUUCUUUGCUGGUCAAUAUGGGAGUGUUAAAGGGUGAAGACAAAAAAUUCCGACCUCCCAGUAGUAUCGUCGGCCCACUUACAAUAUUGGAGCAUGCCGUCCAACAGUCUUACUUUCCAAAACAGUCAAGAGAAAUUUUAUCAGCAUUUAUCGCUAAGCCACAUCCACUCCUGGACAAAUCUGGACCAGCUCGGCAUAAUCUUCUCCAGACACUCUUCAGGUUUUGAAAACUACUUCUUUUAUACUGGAAAAACCACCAAAGCAUCCAUCUUUAACAGCACAAACAACUGCACCAGUUAGCCAUGGUGGAUUUUAUAUAGCUGCCAUCCAGAACCACCAAAAGACAUUUAUUUUAUGAAUUGAAAGAUAUCAUUGUUGUUGUUUGUUUGGAAAUCAUUUGUGGAUAUGAUUUACAAUUUGGAAAAAAUCUUGAUACAUUUGUACUGAAGAAUUUUAAAUUAUCAAUUUGUGCUUUUUGGGUGAUGUGUACCAAUUUUGAAAUUAACUGCUCUACAACAGUUACAUGUAGUGUCACCCUAUGUAGUCAUUUUCAAUCUGAUUCAUUACCUUCAUCAAUCGGAACUUUGACAAUUAAAAAAGAAUUAUCAGAAACAUUUUAUAUUACAUGAGUUAUUUUAAUACUCUUUUCCUCAACUCUGGGGGCAAUCAGUAUGUUUAAAUUAAAACUCUUUUUCAGAUACAUUAAUAUGUAUAAUUCAAAUUGUGCUACUAACAAUAUUUUUGACAAAUGCUUCAAAUUUAUUUUAGCUUUAAGGACCUCUAAUUAAUUAGACAUAAAGAAAAACUGCAACUUUUAUUUAAAAGUAAAAUUUAACAUUUAUUAGAUGAUUUUUGUUUUUUUUUGUGUCGAGGCUUGUGGAUUUACUCAGUAUUUCACAAGAAUUUAUGUCCAGCAGAUCUUUUACUCAUGCAUAUUUAGGAGUGCUAUUUAUUUGAGGAAUAUACCGUAUUUAUCCUCAAAUAAGCUCCUCCCUUCGUGAAAAAAUUUAGUGCUACAUUUACCCUCAAGUAAGCCCCCUCCCAUAGUGUAAAUUUUAGUACCGUGUUCAUCCUGAAAUAAGCCCCCCUCCCAUGUGUGAAAAAUUUAAGUAUUAAAGUUUAGAGAGUAAUUAUUUUUAAACCACUUUACCACUUUAAAAAUGAUGAUUCUGCAAAAAUACAGAAGGGGGCAUAUUUAUGUUCAGGGGAUUAUUUGCAGAUAAUAUGGUAUGCUACAUUGUACCAAAUAUUAAGUCAUAAAUACAUGUAAUAAAGAAUUGUCACAAACAUGCAACAUGCAGUUAAAUUUUGUCUCAAAUUAAAUAUACGGUAUCAGAUUUUGUAUUUUGUCAAAUUUAAUUAUGCAUAAUGUUAGUGAUAGAAUUUUGAUUUCUUCAAAAUCACUUUUAGAUAUUUCAUCUUCAUAAUACAAGGGUUAGACCCUUUAAUACCAGGUUUAUACAUACACAUGUACCCUUUUUAUCUACACUGAAAUUUUCUCAGGAUUCGAUGAACAAACUCAUGGUUUAGCUAAACAUCAAAUAUAAAUCAUAAAUUAUUAUUCAUAACUAUUUUAUAAUGUAUCUGGUUCCGAUGGCCAGGAUCAUGUUGUGAAUUGUCUGGAUUUUAUUUUGUGUAUGUAAUAAAACAUUGCAAUAAUAUUU